AUGAAGGACUACCGCGGCGCCACCAUCGAGGACUUGGACAUCAAGCCGGCGAUCUCAGUCAACCCGCAGACCACCAUCCUCCAGGCGCUCGAGACCGCCUACGAGGGCGAGUUCACCUUCCUCCCCGUCAUCCACGAAGCCAAUAAGAAGUUGCUUGGAGUGCUUAAUGUCGACGAAGUCGAACCGAAAAAGGGCGAGUUGGUCAAGAACCACAUGAUGUGGUUUAGCCAGGCGGCUAAACGGGCCUACGAACAGCAGCAACAGCCUCAAGCGAAAACGCCCCGCAACACGAAGAUCAUCACCCCGCAACCGCUGUCGAAAACGUAUACCGUUUUAACUCCGGGGACUCCCUUGGAGGAGCUCGACGCCUUCUUCGCCCAGGGUAACCCCUUCGCCAUCAUCACUGAGGCUGGGGGUAAGUUUGUCUACGGGGUGGCCACCUUGGAGGACUUGCAACUAUACGAGAAGAGCCGGCCGCUUCUCGGCAAGUUGUGA